AUGACUUCUUCUUCCUCUGCUUCCCCAAGCAAGCUCACAGCUCCUUAUGGCUCCUGGAAAUCUCCCAUCUCCGCCGACCUCGUCUCAGGCGCCUCCAAGCUACUCGCCGGCACCGCCGUCGACGCCCUCGGCCGCCUCAUCUUCCUUGAAUCACGCCCCUCCCAAUCAGGACGAAUGGUUCUGGUUCGAGCAUCUCCGGAAAAUCAAGACCCGGUUGAUAUUACGCCGGAGGAUUGUUCUGUUCGGACAGUGGCUAUGGGCUCCGAAAGUGGCGGUGCUUUCACUGUCUUAGGGGAUACUGUUAUUUUCUCCAACUACCAAGAUCAACGUCUUUACAAGAAGUCUAUGACUUCCGCUGAUUCUUGUCCUGUGCCGGUUACUCCAGAUUAUGGUGGACCCGUUGUGUGUUACGCAGAUGGUGUGUUUGAUCAAAGGUUUAACCGUUAUGUCACUGUAAGGGAAGAUUUUCGCGAAAGCAGUCUUAAUUCGACUACAACUAUUGUAGCAGUAGGGCUUGACGGCUACAUUAGGGAACCGGAAGUGCUAGUAGCUGGAAAUGACUUCUAUGCCUUCCCGCGAAUGGAUCCCAAAGGUAAAAGAAUGGCUUGGAUUGAAUGGUCUCAUCCUAACAUGCCCUGGGAUGAAGCUCAACUUUGGGUUGGGUAUAUAGCAGAUAAUGGAGAGGUCCACAAACGUGUCUGUGUUGCUGGCGAUGAUCCUCGGAUUAUGGAGUCUCCUACUGAACCCAAGUGGUCAUCUAAAGGGGAGCUGUUUUUUAUUACUGACAGACACAAUGGGUUCUGGAAUCUCUAUAGAUGGGCUGAGUCUAAUAAUGAGGUGAUAUCAGCUUAUUCGUUGGAUGCUGAGUUCUCCAGACCAUUAUGGAAUUUCGGAAUGAAUUCUUAUGAGUUUAUUCAGAGCAAUGAAGGGAAAAACUUGAUUGCUUGUAGCUAUAGGAAGAGUGGAAGGUCAUAUCUUGGAAUUCUGGAUGACGUUGAGGGCUCUUUAUCUCUGCUUAGUAUUCCUUUCACUGAUAUAAACAAUAUUACUUUGGGGUUCAGUUGCCUAUAUGUUGAGGGAGCAUCAGAAGUUCAUCCCUUGUCUGUAGCUAAGGUGAUUUUAGAUGACCAUAAAUCAAAAGCAGUUGAUUUCAAGAUUCUUUGGUCUUCUUCACCUGAUUGUCUGAAAUAUGAAUCCUACUUCAGCUUACCCAAAUUUAUUGAAUUCCCAACAGAAGUCCCAGGGAAAACUGCCUUUGCAUUCUUUUACCCACCAUCAAAUUCUGAUUAUCAAGCUACUAUUGAUGAAAAGCCCCCACUAUUAUUGGGAAGCCAUGGAGGGCCCACAUUUGAAUCGCGUGGAAUCUUAAAUCUGAGUAUUCAGUAUUGGACUAGUCGGGGUUGGGCAUUUGUUGAUGUUAACUAUGGUGGAAGCACUGGUUAUGGCAGAGAGUAUCGCGAAAGGCUGUUGGGAAAAUGGGGAAUUGUUGAUGUAAAUGACUGUUGCAGCUGUGCUAGAUAUUUGGUGGAUUCAGGAAUGGUAGAUGGGGAGCGACUGUGUGCUACAGGGGAAUCUGCUGGUGGAUACACUACCUUAGCUGCUCUUGCUUUUAGAGACACCUUCAAGGCAGGAGCUUCCUUGUAUGGCAUAGCUGACUUAAGAAUGCUGAAGGCAGAAGAAACUCACAAAUUUGAAUCUCGUUAUAUUGAUAAUCUUGUCGGUACUGAAAAGGAGUACUUUGAUAGGUCGCCAAUUAACUUUGUUGACAAAUUUUCUUGUCCUAUAAUCCUAUUUCAAGGAUUGGAAGAUAUGUCUGUACCCCCAAAGCAAGCUAGAACAAUUUACCACGCUUUAAAGGAGAAGGGUUUGCCUGUUGCUCUUGUGGAGUAUGAAGGAGAAGGACAUGGUUUCCGCAAGGCUGAGAACAUUAAAUUCACCCUGGAACAACAAAUGGUUUUCUUUGCACGAUUAGUUGGACACUUCAAGGCUGCGGAUGAAAUUACUCCUAUCAAAAUCGAUAAUUUUGUUUGAGCAUCUAAUACAGGAGAUCCCUAUCUACAUAAGUCUUUUGUGUUAUUGUGUAAAUUAUAAUACAUGCACACAGACAGAGAUAUGUAAUAU